GUCGGUAUUUCUGUUUUUGGCUAUUAGGCACAGGAUUUAGGAAUUGUUUAGCUAUAUAGCCAUCUUGGAAAACCAAAUUACUUAGUGUCGGUUAAUGUAACACACUUCUUUAUAUGUUUAUAAGCAGUUAUAUUUGAAGUGUCCCGAAACGUUCAAAAAGGGUCAUAAUAUUUUAUAAUAUGUGAGACGUUUCAGUGUGCGCAACGUCACACGUAACCAUUACAAGCAAUAUGGCGGCGCUCUCUGGGUCUCUUGUGGUCGACAGUCUCUGAUGUUUAUCAUCAAUUUUCCUCAUAAUUGUUUGGCUACAACUUGUCUCAGUGGUGCAGAAGACAACACCCGAUCAUAGAAGUGGACGAAUUCGUUCAACUCUUAAUUCUGGGGUCAAAUUAUCAGUAUGAGCAAUUCCACUCCCUGGCAGUAUCAACAGGGAGCACAGACAAGCACAGGAACAGGAGCUGGAGCAGUAAAAUUAUUUAACCCUGCAGGUUUUGGAGCAGCUACAUCUCAGCCAAGUAACUUUGUCAACAAUGCUGUUCAGGAUGGCCAAUUACAAGCCAAUGGCCAAAAGGAAGCAAGCACCAUGAACAGUUCAUGGGACUGGAGCCCAUCACAAUGGCAUUCUGGUGGAAAUGAAGGACACAAUAACCAACAAAGCAACGCUAAUCAAGGUCAAGGCCAUGAUGUUCCAGGAAAUGUUGACACAUCAGUGUACGAAGGUCAGGCAUAUGACCAGACUCAACAACAUCAACAAUAUUACAACCAGCAGCAGUACUGGGAUCCUAACCAGCAGCAGAAUCAUCAACAAGUGCUGAAUCAACAAGCUCAGGGACAGGAUUUUCAUGGUCAUCAAGAUUGGGCUAAUCAACAGUAUGACUAUAAUCAAACAUGGAAUAAUACUGACUAUAGUCAACAGCAAAGCCAGCCUUUAAAUAAUCAUUAUGAUGGCCAACAAACCUUUCAACCACACCAGGAGAAUAGUCAGCCUUACAAUAUUAUCAAUCAAGAGCAGACACAGGGACACUUUAAUUUAGAACAAGAUCAGGAUCAUCUUGCCAACCAGGGACCUAAUCAGGAACAUGUUUAUAAUCAACAAAAAGUAGAAAAUGAUGGUCUUAAUUCAUCUGCAGCUUCAAACUAUAGUGGAAGUCUAAAUCAGUCUAGCAUCCAUGAGGAUCAAGGAUCUACCUCAGGUUUCUACCAAAACACAGAUCCUGAAGAUGUAGGUUUUAUGGGACAAAUUCAUGUAGGGGAGGAGCCUGUUGUAAGUAGUGGGAUUGUAAAUCCUCCAAAUGUUGUACAUUCCAGUGCCAAUGACAAUGCACCAUUACGCAUGGGUAUGGUUGGUGGUGAACAGUUAGAAAGCACACAAGAUAGAACUGAUAUGAUUGAUGUGAUAUCACAAGUCAAUCACAUGAGAAUUCAAGACAAUGAAAGUUCUGGUGGGGUAAGCUAUAGUGCUAAGUCAGUAGAUAGAGCACAAGAACAAGGGUUUGGUAUUGGUCAGCCAGUUACUUCAAAUGACCCACCAGCUAACCUUGUACAGACUAACAGUGGUAUGAUGGCCACUGCUGAUGAUCAGCAAAGCUUAGGGGACUGGGAGGUGGUACCAUCCCAGAAUCUUGCUGUACCUGGGAAUCAUAGUAGACAGAGUUCCACUGACAAUAAUGUCCAGUUUUUUAUUGGCUCCAGCAGGAACUCUCCAGGUAGUGGGCGUGGCACAGGAUCACCCUGCUCAGUUAUACAGGGGCAGGGGGAGGAAAAGACUAAUCUGUCUGUCUUCAACCCACAGCCCCCACAAGUAUGUCAGCCUCCGAAACCAUUCCAACCUGAUUCUAUGUUGCCAAAGUACACAUCCUCCCCGAAUAUUACACCAGAGACUACUGUGUCAACAGAAUUAGGAAAAUCAUCUUUAUCAAACACAGGUCCACCCCCUUCCAUAGGUACUCCACCAUCGGGCAGAGGGGGAGAUAACCCAUUUAGAAAAAAUGGUCAACAGCUAGCACCUACUGAACCCCAACAGGAAUUAAGGCAUGGAAUUACUGGAAAUGUGUCCUCCCUUGAAGGUAGCUCCUAUUCUGAGGGUGUGUUGAGUAGCAAGGAUAGUUCACUUGAACCACCUAGUCCAAUUCUGAAUACUGAAGACCCAUCACAGACACUUGGCAGUCGUUUUGGCCAAAAGAUGAAGCCACAGAGCCCAAUCAUGCCACGGAAAGAGAGCCCGUUUCAACCUCCAGCCAGACGCAGGAAUAUAUCGGGGUCUAGUGAAACUAUAGAGGAAAAUGCUCGUAUGGAGGAGGUUUCUCGACAAGACAGUCGAGAAAGUCUAACAAGAGGCAUAGAACACAGUAAGUCAAUGGGUUCAGAUAGGUCAUUUGGUGCAGGCAGUAGUAGGAGAUCUUCAGGAAGUGAUUCACAGGGUCAAUCGGAUCGUGACUCUUCUCACAGCCAGGACCCCCACUGGAAGACACGGACAAAUCUGGACAGGAGAUCCAGACCUCCGCCAGGUCCUAGUGGAAGCUCCAGAGCACGUGCAGUAAUGUCCCCUAGGAGGAUGGAAAAGCAUCUCCAGCAUAACCAGGAAAGAAGGGUGAAACACAACAUGUCACCAGCAACAACUCUAUGGGCAGACAGUGGUGAGCUGCCGACGGCAAAUAUUUUGCUUGCCCCUGCAGGUCCAAUGCCUUCACUAAUGUCACCUGUCUCGGUGUCUCUGCCACUGAAGGCAAAGGAUAGCAAAGAGACGGAACAGGUUCUGUCUCCUGUAGAAAACUUGAUAACAUCCUUGACAGAACACAUAUCAAAGGAGAACACGCCAGAACCUGAAAUUGUGACAAAAAGUAAACCUGUUGUGUUGGCUGAUGCACUGAGUAAAAAUCAGGAGGAAAGGAAAAGACAGGAAGUGGUUAAAGAACGGGACAGACAUGAGCGAAACUCCUCUAUAGACCGUGAGCUAGAGAUAGUACGUAGACAGGAAGAGGAGGAAAAGAGGGAGUUAAAAAACAGAAAACACAAUGAUAACCAUGGAGAACACUAUAGUGUGAAGGACCAGUAUCAAGACAGUCGGGGUCAUGACCCUAGGGAUUCUAGAGAUCAACGUGAAUCAAGAGAUCAUCAUGAUUCUAGAGAUCGUAGGGAUGAUACUUAUGAUGCCUACUAUGAUAAAAAGGCCAGGUAUGGCUAUAAAGGAGCAGCACCUCUUAGAGAUCCCAACAGGGAUCAAUACCAUGGAGAUGAACGAUAUGACAGGCCUAGGUCAAGGAACUCGCACUAUGAUGGGCGACCUUCAUCUAGGCAAAGUCGUACUGAGACAGAUUCUGAACGCCCACGUUCCCGCCAGGAAUACAGUCGAGACCCAGCCUACAAGGACGGACGAUAUAGUUCUGCAUCAAAAGGAGGAUACGACUACGAUUACUACAACCAGCAAGGUUAUCAUGACAGUCGGUAUUACAAUCAGGGCUACUAUCAUGACAGCCGGUAUAAUUCAGCUUACUAUGACGAGUACUACCGUCAGGUCCAAGGACAGGAUCAAGGACAGUACAAUGAACACUACGAUAAAAUGAUGGACCGGCACUACCAUCCAUACUACGGCUAUCCAUCCGAGUACUAUAGCCAGGGUUAUGAGGACGACCAGUACAGUCAGCGCAGUCAGUCACGGGGAGCUCACACCCCAGCCUCCUUACUGGAGGACCAGCCAGAUGCCUAUGGAUAUGGGGCUAGGACCUCGAGUCGUGCUGGAUAUGAUGACUACCACAGGAGCCAUUACGACCCCUACUAUGGGUACAGACAGGGAGGGUACCAUUAUCAGGACCAAGGGGUCACAGAAGAGACAAAACCUGGCAGAAUAACUCCCAAGAAACACACAAUUCCACAUAUGAAGGUUUGCUUUGGCCCUGGAGGUCAACUGGUCAAGGUGCUGCCAAAUAACCCAGUGUACGGUCAACCUGCAACAGUUGAGAUUCACGAAGUAGAUGAAUUGUUACAAGAAAACAUGGAAACUGAAGAGCUCAAAUCUUUCCCAGGUCCUGUGAUCAGAGGUGAUACCCACAAGAAUGAUGUUCUAGCCUUCUGCCAACGUAAGGCCAGGGCCUGUGCAGAGAACAUCAACAUGAUCGAUCGUGAAUCAGCUGAACUCAUCUGGAAACUUCUGGAACUACUCAUCAAACAAAAUGGGACUGUGAUGGGAACAGACAUUGCUGAACUGUUGUUGGAGGGCCACGAACCUACCACAGCCGAGUACAGCAUGAUUGGACUCAAGAUUUCACAGAGCAUGGACAAUCUGGACCAGGAAUUGGAUGACACAACUGAAGUCAAUGCCUCUACCUUCUCUGUGACUGACCGCUCCAUCAUCAACAGAGGUCGGUCCCAAGAGGAAGCUACUGACCGCUUCAGGCAUCUGUUGCUUUAUGGACGCAAAAAGGAUGCUUUAGAAUGUGCCAUGAAGAGAAACCUGUGGGGACAUGCACUGUUCCUAGCCAGUAAGAUGGAUAGCCGGACACAUGCUAAUGUCAUGAUUAGGUUUGCCAACACAGCAAUGAAGAUGAACGACCCUCUACAGACUCUUUACCAGCUGAUGUCUGGGAGACAGCCAGCAUCUGUAACUAGUAUAGCUAACGAACGUUGGGGAGACUGGAGGCCUCAUUUGGCUAUGAUUCUGUCUAACCAGGGAAGCAAACCAGACCUAGAUAAGAAGAGUAUCAUGUCUAUGGGCGACACACUAGCGUCGAAGGGCUUUUUAUACGCUAGCCACUUUUGUUACAUAAUGGGUCAAGCUUCGUUUGGCUCUUAUUUCAAAAAGACUGCUAAACUGGUGCUAAUUGGAAUCAAUCAAAGUCUACCUUUGGAGGAGUUCACUACAAAUGAAGCUAUCCAGUGCACAGAGAUCUAUGAGUAUGCCAUGUCAUUGGGAAAUCCUUCAUUUUUUCUGUCAAAUUUCCAGGUCUUCAAGUUUUUAUAUGCCUGUAGAUUAGCUGAAAAUGGAUUUCCUCAAGAGGCUCUUCAAUAUUUUGAAGUGAUUUCAAGAUAUAUUCAGCGUGCUCCAACAUUCUUCCAGCCAACUCUAGUCAAAUUAGUUUAUAACUUGGCGGACCGGUUGAAGCACUUUGACCCCCAGAGAAUGCAUACAGCUGACGAUCAGGACCAGGCAUGGCUGUUACAGCUACAGAAGAUUUCCCAGGGUUUUCAGGAUGGAUCAAUCCGACCCCUGUCAGGUAGUGUUACCCCUAUGGGAUAUGGAAGUACGAGGGCUAGUAGUGAAAGUGCAGAGGUUGCAGGUCUGACUCGCCCAGGAUCUGACCUGAUGGGUCAAGGUCAGAUGGACUACAAUUACCAGACAGGGUAUACACAACAGCAGGGGUACGGCGACAGGCCAGACCAGUCACAGAGCGAGGUGGAUGGUCAGACUGAAGGACAGACAUUUGUCGGACAACAACAGUACAACUAUAACUAUCCUCAAACUGGACAGCAGACACAGGAGCAGUCCCAAGGGGAACAGCAAGCCCAACAACAGUACACAGAGCAACAGUAUACAGACCAACAACAACAACAGUACAACCAGGAACAGCACACUAACUACAAUAAUUACUAUCAACAUGGUUAUGUACCAAAUAAUACAGAAGCUCAGCAAGGUGAUUCAGGAAAUCAAACAAUGUCAGCUGAGGUCACCAGUCAGUACCAAGGGUAUAUGGCUGCUACCUCUGAUACUGGCGUGCCACAAUUAGAUGGUACGUAUGUAGCUGGAAGUGUACAGGAUCAGGCUUCUGUGACCCAAACACACACUCACAACACAGCAUCCCAACCCUACAACCCAAACAUCUACUCCCAGACAGGCGAGUCUUCACAGCAACAAAGCAUCACAUCCGACAGCAGUCUGGACACGGAGGACGACGCGAACCAGGAACAACAGACUGAUUUUGAUUACUUUGGGGCAGCCACUACCCAAAAAAUUGUAGCUCCACGGUUAAGGAAACGCACCACAUCAGAGACUAGUCAAGGGAGUGGUAAUCGAUCAACCUAUCCCGGGGAACAAGCCAAAGAUGACAAAGCAAGAAUGCCUCCUCCUGCUGCCAAAACAGAUCCAUCCAAGAAGCAGGGAAGCAGGUUAGGGGGAUGGUUCAGUAAACUCCUACCCAAACCCAAGAACGAGAUGAAGCUUCCUAAUGAUGAUAAACCAAGUAUUGUGUGGGACAAGGAUAAUGAAAAGUGGGUGAACUUAGACGGUACCGAGGAAGUGAGUAAACCAGUGGCAGAACCUCCAAAGGACUCGGACAUCUUCAAAACCCCAGCAGUGCCAGCAACUCCUGAGUCAAGUUCAGCGUUAGGGGCACCCCCUUCGGGCAACAAGUUUUCACGUCCUAAAGGUAGAGGAGCACGUAACCAGUAUGUGGAUGUGAUGAAUACUAGUGGGAGUAGUACUAGCAGCACAACAGUGCCAAAAAGUCUGUUCAACGUGAUGCCGACUUCAGCCUCGUCACCAGCAAUAUUUAAUCCACUUGGAGGAAGCGAUCAGUCUGACUCAAAAACAGACCCUCAACCUCAGCAGUCAAUAGCGCCACCUGCUGAACAAAACAUGAACCAGUCUCUGACACCAGGGGAGUUGUCUAGGACAAGCUCUAUGAGCUCUGUAUCAUAUGAGGUCCAACAACUAACUCGUCAGGAUGGGAAACAGACCCAAGCACCUAAUUUGACCCCAGGGGGACCCCCCAUGUUGUUUAAUCCUUCUCAAUUUAAAACUGGUCAGCAGAAUGCAGCACCUGCCGGUGGUCCAAAGCUCUACAACCAACGAAGGGUUUAUCCUAAAUGAUGAUACAGCCCAACACUAACCUAAAUGAUGGUACAGCCCAACACUAAACCAGGAGAAUGGAUGUAGCUGGAUGUUUAAAUAUUAAUAUCCAAAGUACACACUGGACAGUUUUAUUGUAGAUUCUUAAUCUCAUGCUCAUACAAGUCCAAAUAAUUUUAUUCUAAUAAAAGAAGGUUAAUUUGAUUUUAAUGGAAUCUUGUGACCAGAUCUUGAACUGAUUAUGGUAGUGGCAAUAAUAACUCAUGUCUUUCACAAGUGUGCUUCGAGAAUAAUGGUUCUGUUUGAGAAAUCUUCAAGUGAUGGACUAAUACCUGCCUCAAAUGAGGUAAGACAGAGAGCCCCCCCCCGGCAAACCAAUAGUCUUGUUGAUGUGGUUUUGGUGUUUAUUUAUUGUUUUUAGAAUUAGGAGAGUAGGCCUUCCUGUCUAACAGGGAAAGUAUAAAAACAGGUGUGUUUCACAUCUGGUUUACUGUCGUAUGAUGUGGGUUUGAUUUUUUUGAUGACCAUGUCUCCAUCAGACUUCAUGAUAUUUAUCUUAUAUUGUCUAGUUUGUUCAUCUGUGUUCUGGGAGAUGUAACCCUGUGAUUUGUACCAUAACUUAAUUAAAAAUUAUGUAUAUUUACUUUCAUAUUCUUUCACUUGCAUUUACAAACUUUGCAGCUUUUCUGGUCUUGGUUCAGGUAUUAAGACCUUCUUAAACUUAAAAACAUAUUGAUGUAAAGUUCUCUUCCCAGAUUUUUCUGAAUAGUUAGAAGUUUUCUGUUUGAUUGACUUCUUUUACCCAGCUUACGAUGUGUUUGGUUGUUUCAGAUAACAUAGUGGAUAGAAAUUUUAUUUGAAUACGUUGUUAAGAUUUAAAGCUUUUUUAGAUCUGGACCAUGCUUUGAAGUCAAAACAUAUUUAUUGUCUUGAGUUAGAAUUUGUUUCAUGCUAAGAUUGAUAUACACCAUCUAAUCAUUGAUUCUACUCAUUGACUAAUUACUUAAUGUGAUUAAGUGAUUGGUUUCAUGAUCUAAGGUGCUAGCUAUUUGAGUAAAUGAGACUGUAUAACACUGUGAAGUAGGAUGAGUGGGGAGCUGGCAAUCAUUAACCUAUCCAAGGCAUUGGGCCAUCAACUAGAUUCCAUCACCUUCAUUUUAUAUUCUCUCCCUUUUCUAAUUGAUUACUCCACCCUCUGAAAUGAUUUUAACGAUGCUUAGUAUUGGUAAGGUUUGAAUGAAUUAGCUCAUUCACCCCUGAAAUUAAUUUCAUGAUCAACCAUGUUUCUUCAGGGGUUAAUGAGUUAAAAAUAAGCGAGUUCAUUUUAAGGUGGAGUUUUAAUAAUUUCAAUCUAUUACCUGGUACUAUGCUACAUACUUAUGGGUAGCUUUUGCUGACAACGUGUAGCAUUCUCUCCUCCCUAAUAAAACAGUACAGGCUGAGUGAAGUCAAUCCUGAGAAUCAGAGGUUAACUCGAGGUCAGAGGACUGAAUAUACAGAACAGGAAAUCUUUACAAUAACAAAUUUGUGAAAAUAUUGAAAACGAAACAUUUAGAAUACAAAUUUGUUAUCUGUUGUUGUGUAGCAAAAAUAUUUCCAAAUGAAAAUAUUAUUUGUUACGAUGUUUACAGGACAGUGGAUAAUGGACUGUCUUUCAGAGAGAGAUUUCUUUAGAUGUUCUAGGAUAGAGAAAUAUUGAGUGACGACAUCAAAACAGUGAUAUGAUAUUAGGACAUUAAAGUUUACAAUUAAUAUUUGUAACAUCUGUGAUAAAAAGUUAUUUCUAAAUAUACCAAUACUUUAAAUAUACAAAGCGCUUUAGAGCGGCUAAUUAUUAUUAUUAUUACUUGUUUACUGAUAUAAAUGUACAAACUUUAAUUUCUAUAAAUCUAUUUUAUGUGAUAUACUUCAAUUCCACUAUAAUGACAACAUGUCAUUGAUACAGUACCCAUAGUUUUCCGGUAUCUGGUGUUUCUUUGUGUGCCAUGAAAACGUCUACAUGACUGUGAAUGGUAGAUGAGUGCAUGGCAGUGUUGUGUAAAAAAGUGCGUUUGAGAAAGUGCUACUACAGAAAAAACUAAGUACCGUUAUAUACUGUUCAAAUACAAACUUGAUGAGGAUAAAUGAUUGUCAUAGUUGAUUUUGAAUAUGCUACAGUAAACAUAUUAAUGUUAAAACUUUACAGAACCCCCAAUAUUGACUGUACUUAUGAGACAUUAAAGAUGAUUGUUUGAUUUGUUGAAUUUUAGUUAGGGUACUAUUAAUCAAAUUUCUCCAAUAGCCACAAUAUGCUUCCCCACUAUGGAGGCAAUGGAUAAACCUGAAAGGAGGUGGUACACAUGUCUUGUUACCCACAUCUGGAAAAUGUGCAGAAAAGCAUCUUAAAAUAUUGCAAUAUAUAUAUAGAAUUAUUGUCUACAGUUUAACAUGUCAAAAUAUUUUACUUUUUAAUUGACAAUUAUUUUUUUUUUUUAAUUUUCAAAGAUGUUUUGUGUGGGGUUGCAAUACACAUGUUGAAUUUAGUUUGUUAUCAAAUAGUUACAAGAUAAUUGUCACAUAUUUAACAGUAUACAGUAUUUCUCCAUUUAUUUUGAUGAUAAAGACUCGUUGACAUUUAUAUUAUUUAUUUAGAACAUCAAUAGAAGAAAAUGGUAACCAUAUAAAAUAUCAAGAGACUUUAUCAUUGAUUGAUAUUGAAAGUAAAAUUAAUAUAGAUUGUAUGUGUAUUCAGAGAGUAAAUGAGAUAUUCAAACCUUAUUUAUUGAUUUGUUUUUAUGCUGUAUAAAGGAUGUGAGAGAAAAGAUUGCAUGUACAUAUAUUUUAUUCUGACGAAAUAAUAGACGGAUGUUUAAAAAUUAUUCUCGAGUGCAAAUUAUGUUGUACGAUAGAAUUAUGAAUUGUAAGUAAUAGAAGGGAAAUGGUCAACCAGAAAUGCUGGGAUAUCGUCCUUAUCAUGGUGUUAUUUCCCAUCAUUGACUUGAGUGUGGCCAUACAGUUGACUGAGGAAUGCUGUUUAAUUGAUGGUUUAAAUUAUUGUGCAGUACCCUUCGACUUUUUAUUUGAAAUGAAGUUGUUAAUUGUAUUUUUGGGAAGGAAAAAUAAAUAUCUCUUUCAGCAGACUUUUCUGUUUAAUUUGACCAUUCUAGUUUUGCAGGGUAUAUACUUUGUACACGUAGACAGUAAUAAUAUGGUCAGCACAGACAUCCCGCCACAGUGCAUGAUAUAGGACUGAUAUUAGCUUUGUUUACAAAAUUUCUAUCUGCCAUAUGCUUUCUUAAGUGAUCCUUAUCAGAAGACAUGCUUGAAUUGUUGAUGCGUUUUAAUAAAUAAGUUAUAACAAUAUGCAUAAUGGAUAAAGAUUUAUGUAUAUGUGUCAAGGUUAUAAUUUUGCGAUUUAAACAAAUAAGUUUGUCAAAAAAAUCUUUAAAAUCAACUAUUCAGUGAUAAACAUGGCCUAUACAUUGUGUUUUUCUCAAGUUAAGUGCAAUGCUAUUUUACCACUUUUGUACAUUUUCAUUUGGAAUAUCAGCUUUUAGCUAUAUCAGACACAUAUAUCUCCUUUCUGACUUUAAAGUUCUUAACCUCUGCUGCCAUACAGUAUCAUGCCAAGGGGAUACCAGUAGGUAGGGAAUACCUCUGUUAUUAGAAGAAAAUCAUUUAAAAGUAUAUUUCAACAAACCUUAUAAUGAUUACUUGAUCUCAAAUAAAUUUCACUGCCACUUGAUUCUAUUACGUAUGUAAUGUUCACACCCACACCUUAUUAGGAAUGGAGUAUUUCACUGAUUUCAUCAAAACUCAAGUACAUUUGUGUAAAUAUGUCAUAAAUAUCCUUUUUAUGGUUGAUAGACCUUGUCUGUUAUGGUGAAACCAUUUUAAUUCUAACUUAACAUGAUUGACCACUUCUUGUGUUCAUCUGUUCCCCAGAGAUUUGCUUGUGUGUCAAACCACAUGUAUAUAGUCUGUUCUAUUCUGAAUAAGGUGAGAUAAUUGGCUACUAGUCAGCUCUAUUCUGAAUAAGGUGAGAUAAUUAGCUACUAGUCGGCUCUAUUCUGAAUAAGGUGAGAUAAUUGGCUACUAGUCAGCUCUAUUCUGAAUAAGGUUUUAGUCGGCUGGUGAAGGUUACAAUAUAUUUUCUGUUCAAACUUCAUUCAUCAUAUCAGCAUGAACCUACGGUAAUCCCAUAAAAUCCUUGCAUAAUGCAGUAUCUCUUGUGAAUUCUGUUGUUUUAAUUAUUUGCCAAUUGAUCAGAGGGGAAUGUCAUUACAACACGAAAUUGAAUUACGCGAGUGUCAACCGAAUUAUUGAAAAUAAAAUAUAUUUGAAAUCUA